UAUGAAUUUCCUGGGCUUUGGCCAGUCAGCGGACAUUGAGAUCGUGUUCGAUGGCGCCGAGCACAAGACAGCCGAGGUCAAAGGGGAGGACGGAAAGGUGGAGAAGAUGCUGCUCUUCUACGACGGAGAAACGGUUUCGGGCAAGGUGAAUGUCACGCUGAAAAAACCGGGCAGUAAGCUGGAACAUCAGGGCAUCAAGAUCGAGUUCAUUGGACAAAUAGAGCUAUUCUACGAUCGAGGCAACCACCAUGAGUUCAAGUGCUUGGCCAAGGCCCUGGCCCGACCCGGAGAUCUCAUCCAGAACAACAGCUAUCCGUUCGAUUUCCCCAACGUGGAGAAGCAGUUCGAGGUGUAUGCUGGCAGUAAUGUUAGGCUGCGCUACUUCCUGCGUGCCACGAUUGUGCGGCGUAUCAGCGACAUCACCCGGGAGGUGGACAUCGCCGUGCAUACCCUGUGUAGCUAUCCGGAGAUGAACAAUCCCAUUAAAAUGGAAGUGGGCAUCGAGGACUGCCUGCACAUCGAAUUCGAGUACAACAAGAGCAAGUAUCACUUAAGGGACACGAUCAUCGGCAAGAUCUACUUCCUCCUGGUACGCAUCAAGAUCAAGCACAUGGAGAUAGCAAUCAUUAAGCGGGAAAGCACCGGAACAGGUCCCACGAUGUUCAAUGAGAGUGAAACGAUUGCCAAGUACGAGAUUAUGGAUGGUGCCCCCGUUAAGGGCGAGAGCAUACCCAUUAGGGUGUUCCUUGCCGGUUAUAAUCUCACGCCCACCAUGAGGGAUAUUAACAAGAAGUUCUCGGUCAAGUAUUUCCUCAAUUUGGUCCUGAUGGACACCGAGGACAGGCGCUACUUCAAGCAGCAGGAGAUUACGUUGUGGCGGAAGGCGGAUAUACCGCGCUACCAUGUCGCCCAGCAGCAACAGAACCAACAGCAACAUCAGCAGCACCAGCACGUCCCGCUGCACGCACCGCCCCAUUUGGUAAGCGGCCCGGCAGCGCCAACGGUGGCUCACUCGCUGAUUAGCACCAGUACGGAUAGUGGAGAGGGUGGAGCGAGUGGAGCCGUUCCGGCAGCGGGAACUGCCGGAUCCGAGUCCAAAAUGGGCCUCUUCACCCGGGAAAGCCCGAAUCAGGAGUUUAGCCAACAGCAGCUGGACUCACCGCCGCUGACGCCCAGCGAAGAGCCAACGUCAACGGUGGGAACAGCACCAGAAUCAUCAUCGGCGACAUCUGGCCCAGAGCCGCCCGCACCCGAGCGUGGCAUGGGCGAUGGUGCCGCAGCGGCCACCACAAGUGCCUCGCCAGUUGCCAUGCUAUCCAGUUCGCCGCCGCCCUUGCUGCCCGCAUCGCCGCUCACUCGAUCCCAGGGCGGCGAUUCCAAUGAACCGCAGGACGAUGAAUCCGAAGAGUUGGCCACGAAAAAGACCAAUAGCCCCACGCCGCUGGCCACUGAUUGAGUGACGGGAUGGCUGGGAUGUAUUGCCGCAAUAGCAGUAGCAGGGGCGGGCAGGUGGAACUAUUACGCAUAUAUAUUCGUAUACAGCAGGAGCAGCAGCAGCAACAACAAAAUAUGCAUAUAUCUAUUUUUUUAAAGUUAAUUUAAAAUUGUUACAAAAUCUUUUAUUGAGGUUAUGCGCAUCAUUUACCAAAAGCAAAAGCAAAAGCAAACAAAAAACAAACAAAAACAAAAAACAAAAAAACAAAAAACAAAAACGCAAAUGAUAGUAACGAAAACGAAACGAAACCUAGGACAAAUGUGACAGGAGGCGAUGUCGUCGUAGCUAUAUAUAUAUAUAUAUAUGAGAUAAAUUUCCAUUGGUAUUAUUGCAAACAAUUGAAAACAAAACUCACUUUACCUUAGCCCAUCCUACUAUCCUUUAUCCUUUAUCACCAAUCCCCACUCCACCCCCCAAAAGAAAAACAAAAAAACUAGUUAACUCCCUUAGUAUUUCGAUGAUCAUUCCCUAAUCCUUGCGGGGCGUUUGGAAAAUCAGAUUUUUCAAUUUAAAAAGUGUUGAAAUUGCUUUCUAAAAGUAAGAGAACAGUAUCCCUAAAAUCAAAGUUUUCAUUAAAAAAAAAAAAAAACAAAACAAAAAAACUAAAGAAACAGAACUCCAAUACAGAGAUAACAACAACAGCAAUAACAAACAAACAAAAACCACAUUAAAUAAUAAAGUUUUUAGUCUAUAAAGUUCUAACGAAUCGAUGAUGCUGGGAGAGGUCUGGAGGAGGUACGGCGGAACGGAUAUAGAAGCGACAAAACAUGUUACAUGCCUUGCAUAUGUACAUAACACAGUUCAUAUACAUAAUAUACACGAAAUAUAUAAAUAUAUAUAUACACUUAGAACCGCAAUUAAACGAAUAAAGCGAUGCGAGCAAGCGCUAAAACACCCAAAA